AUGACUGUACAUCACCGGCAGCCAAUGGCCGUGAUCGUGCCAAUACUCUCCAUCUUGUCCAUCCUGGUGGCAAUUCCGCCGUUGAUCCUCCUGGCCAAGAAUAGGAACUUUCCUGCCUCCAAUUUGAUAUUUUGGUCCCUCAUUCUCAACCUGUUCAACAUCGUCAAUGCUCUCUGCUGGCCCACAGAUGACGUCGACUCCUGGUGGGACGGCAAGGGCCUCUGUGAUAUCGAAGUCAAGAUCAUGGUUGCCGGCUACGUGGGCGUCCCAGGUUCCCUGGUUUGUAUCUUCCGCAGUCUAGCCAUUGUGAUGGAUACAGACCGUGCCACCCUGGUCCCAAGCCGGGGUCAAAGAUGGCGCAACCGUUUUAUGGACACCCUAUUUUGUUUCGUGGCCCCUCUGAUCGCAAUGAUCACCCACUUCAUCUACCAAAAGAGUCGCUACUACCUCUACUCCAUCUCCGGAUGUGUGAACAACUAUGACGAGAGCUGGGUCAGCCUGGUUCUCGCCUACAUCUGGCCGCCCGUCCUAUGCAUCAUCGCUACCUACUACUGCUGCCUGGUCCUCAUCCGCGUCCGCAGAUACCGGAGUGACUUUGCCAACAUCCUGCGAGCAUCAAGCAGCAAUCUCAGCAGAUCUCGCUUCCUGCGCCUCUUCUUCCUCGCCCUCUCAAUGCUAGUCUGCAUUCUGCCCGUCCAGACUUUCGUCCUGUACUGGAACAUCUCCCUCGCCCUCCCCUGGCACCCAUACACAUGGAACAAAAGCCAUGGCGCCCAAUGGUUUGAAAUCAUCAAAGUGCCCGUGGGCAACCAGGUCUUCUUCGACCGCUGGACACCCAUCGUAUCAGGCUUCAUGAUCUUCAUCUUCUUCGGCUUCGGUCGUGACGCCACCCGCAUGUAUAACGCUCUCUUCUGGUACCUCGGUCUGGGCUAUUGUUUCCGGGGCAUCAAGCCACCAACCCACACCCAUACCCACACCGAAGGAACAGUCACCAGCCCCGGUGCCGACUCAGGCACGACCCUCGUUGGAUCCGUUGGAACCCGUGCGAAAUCGCUGUUCACUCGCAAGGGCUCGACGGGCACGCUGGUGAAUCGUGCUUCCUACAACGAUGUCGAAAAGGGUACUUCUUUCCGUCGUUCGUCGAGCAGAUGGUCCUGGUUGUCGUCUAUCUUUGGUAGACGGCGCUCGUCUUCUUCUUCUCGGACUACAGAUGAUAUCUCGCUGCGUGAUAUCUCGGGUGGGUCAAAUACAGUGCUCACGAAUGCUUGGGCGGAUCCGCGCAGAAGCAAGGAUGGUUCUUUGAGUCCUGUCUCGCCAGUGCAGAAUAAGGAUUUCAUUCAUGUGCAGCAGAUUAUUAGCCAGCAAACUGAGAUUCGUUAA